GCAAUCGAGGAGGGCAAUUGGAGCAGCAGCAGCAGCAGGAGCGGGAAAGAGAGCCCCGAGCGCUUCAUCCGAAGCGGAGCUGCUGCAACGUGUCCCGCCAGCGGCGCCUUUGCCUCCGGAUCAUCCGCCUUUUUUUUACUCCGGAGAGAGAAAGAAGAGUCCGGGCUUGACCAGCAGCAGCGCCUGCAUUCGCCAAGGACAGCCAGCCCCUUCUCUCCCUCCCUCCUUCCUGCACAGACACAGGCAUCGCCAGCCGGAUUCCUUGAUAUUUUUUGGGAUAUUUGGGAGUGGAUUCGACUGGCAUGAUGAAGGUUGCCAGAAGCUGGGGCUAACAGCGAGAGCUCACCCCGCUCCCCGAAUUCAAACCUCCAACCUUUCAGUCAGGCUGCCAAAAUGACUGUGCAGCUGGAUGUAUGGGGGCAGCCGCAAAACACGUGACCGAGUCUUUCAAGGCUGCUGAUCUGAUAAUCAACCCAUCCACCACUUUGAAAGAAAAACCCGACCCAAAUGGCUUGGUUUUUGGAACUGUUUUCACAGAUAACAUGCUAUUCGUAGAGUGGUCGUUGACGUCCGGAUGGGAGGCCCCUCAUAUCAAGCCGUUGGAGAACCUCUCUCUACAUCCUGCUGUAUCAGCUUUUCACUAUGCUGUAGAACCAAGAGGACUGACAGAGGCGAAACUGCUCCAAAUGCUUUGGCUCAAUGAAUACACACUAUUUGAAGGCAUGAAGGCAUACCGAGGAGUAGAUGGGAAAAUCCGCUUUUUCCGACCAAGACUCAACAUGGACAGGAUGUUGCGGUCAGCUGUCCGAGCCACUUUGCCAGGAUUUGACAAAGAAGAACUUUUGGAGUGCAUCCGGAAACUGGUGGAAGUUGAAAAGGAGUGGGUGCCGUAUUCGACCUCCGCUAGCUUGUAUAUUCGCCCUACUUUAAUUGGGACAGAGCCCUCCCUCGGAGUCAAGAAGCCAUCAAAGGCCAUUCUCUAUGUCAUAUUGAGCCCUGUUGGUCCGUACUUCUCGAGUGGGACUUUCAGCCCCAUAUCCUUGUGGGCAGAUCCGAAAUACGUCCGAGCCUGGAAAGGAGGGACCGGGGACUGUAAACUGGGAGGGAACUAUGGGUCUUCUAUUUAUGCCCAGCGUGAAGCUAUGGAAUUAGGAUGCCAGCAGGUUCUCUGGCUUUAUGGAGACGAGCAUCAAAUUACAGAAGUUGGGACCAUGAAUCUCUUUCUGUAUUGGCGAAAUGAAGAUGGAGAAGAAGAGCUGGCAACCCCGCCUCUAGAUGGCAUCAUUCUUCCUGGAGUGACAAGGCAAAGCAUUUUGGACCUAGCGCGCAAGUGGGAAGAAUUCAAAGUGUCCGAACGAUACAUUACCAUGAGCGAUCUCCAAGCUGCUUUAAAGGAAAACAGGGUGAAGGAGAUGUUUGGAGCUGGGACAGCUUGUGUUGUGUGUCCUAUUUCCACAAUAUUAUACCUAGGAGAGAAUUUGCACAUUCCAACCAUGGAAAAUGGACCUCAAAUAGCUACCCGGUUUUUGAACCAACUGAGUGAUAUCCAAUAUGGAAGAGAAGACAGUGAGUGGUCGGUUGUGGUAUCAUGAGCACAAACAGCAGUGAAGAUUCAGACCUUCUGGCAACACAACCAGGCAGGCUGAAGUACCACCGGAACAAUGACCAGUUUUACUGUAGCUCUGCAUAGAGUAGUUCUGUGUUUUAUCACUUUGUUCCUAGGCUGGGAUGGGGGUGAUCAUUUCCACGUGCCAGGAGGGCGUGUGAACACAAUCAUUUUGAUUUUCUACUGUGAUCUUGCUCUAGAAUAGAAACCUGUCUUCUGGUAGAGGUGCUAGAUGUAAGCAAUAGACACUCCCCUAGUGGAUUCCUUGGUGCCCCCUCGUGUCUUUGGUACAACUGACAGGUGUGUUACAAAGUUCUUCAACUGCUCUUCAGUGCAAAUCCAAUACUCUUAUUUUUACUGUACACCAAACUGUUACAUGCAGUGCAAUUGCCAAAGGUCUCAGAGAAGCCUUUGAAGCCUCUGAAGCCAGAAUCCUCUAGUACACUAGCAUAAUCCCCAGUAAUGCUAGCACAACCACUUUUCUGCCAUUAUGUAAGGAGGUAUCUAGUACCUACUAAUAAUAGUUUUGCCAGAUUGCACAAAAUCUGCUAGAUGGUGCCAAGUCACUCCUGGCUGGCUUCUUUUUGCCUUCUUUCUCCUAGAUUUAUGAUAUGUAUAUUGGCAUAACUUCACCCAGUUCCAAUAGGAUCUUGGAUCUCGGUGGGAUAUAUGUUAUUUAUUUUAGGAUUUUUUGGGGGGCGGGGGUGUCAUCUCUAAUCUUUUGGGUGGAUGGAUAUUUCUCUUCAGCUUCUAGCACUCUGUAUGUAUCUCUUUUUUAAUGUGUCCAACAUAUGCCUUGGUUAAUUAAGCCAGACGUCAUGGCUACGUAUUUUUCUAAACAGUAUGCAUUGAAUUGAGUUUUCUUGUGUUACCUGGGGAUGGCAUGCCAUGAGCAAAUUCAGGCCACAGGUUGCUAAGUGACUCAUUGCUAAGUGACUUUUGCCAUCAUCAUACUAUUAGAUAUUAAUAUAGAAUGUCUGGAAUGUCAGGUGAUCCAGAUCUGGGUAAUGUCUAUACUUCACUUGAUUGUGCAGUUGUUUUUCUGUUGGUUGUAGAGUUUGGAGUAGUGCUGGCUGGGAGAUUGUGGGAGUUGUAGUCUUUAAAAAGUAAAUUUUCUGAGCUCUGGUCAUAUCCUCCAUGGCAGGGGUCCCCAAACUAAGGCCCAGGGGCCGGAUGCGGCCCUUCAAGGUCAUUUACCUGGCCCCUGCCCUCAGUUUUAGACUUAGUCUCGCCCAAAGUCUGAAAUGACUCGAAGGCACACAACACCAACAAUCCUAAUUAACUUGACUAUCUCAUUGGCCAGAAGCAGGCCGACACUUCCCAUUGAAAUCCUGAUAGGUUUAUGUUGGUUAAUUUUUUUAAAAAAAAUGUAUUGUUCUUUUGUUGUUGUUGUUUUUGCACUACAAAUAUGACAUGUGCUGUGUUCAUAGGAAUUUGUUAUUUUUUUCCCCCCAAAUGAUAAUUUGGCCCCUCAAUAGUCUGAGGACCAUGAACCGGCCCACUUAAAAAGUUUGAGGACCCCUGCUCCAUGGCAUCUAAUGUUGUGGGUAGUAAAUUAUGUUUACCGUUCACAACACUACAACAAACAAGUUCAAAAAGCAAAGCUGGUUGUUUGGAUAGAGCUUUAGUCUAGUGGAAGAAUUGAUCAAGUGUUAUCUCAAGCAUUCUGAAAUGUUGGAAAAUAUGUAACUGGAGGGUGAGCAGAUGCUUGCAGCAUCCAUUUUAUUAUUAUUUUUACUAGGAGCUAGCCAGCCACUAACCAGAGCCAGUUGCAAAACAGUGACCAUGGGCAGCAAAUGGGUGGUUCAGGGGUCAAUGUCAAUUGCUUUUUGACCCCAUGAAUUUUGCAUUCUAACUAUGCUAGUACAAAUUUGUAUUUACAUGAGAUAUUUUUGGUGCCAUUAUCACUGCCAUUUUGUUGUUGCCAUUGUUAAGCAUCAAGAGCCAAAUAGACUUGUCCACCUGUGGCCAAAGGAUUCAUUAAUUUAAUGUAUAUUUUGAUCUACCUUCUAUCCACCCUUAUCUAGACCAUUUAGUUCACACCUUAAACAUCUAAUAGGGCUUUUAGAAAUGUAUUUAACAUAGGAACUCAAAUCAGAUGGGAUGUUAUUUACUCCCUGUUCUUGUAAUAUUUUUUCUCCUUUUUAUUGCCUCUUUGCUCUGUCCUGAUCAGCCAAGAUCAUAUCUCUGCAGCUUGGUGGGGGUUUUUUUCCGCCUUCACCCCACAUGAAUUUUACUAUCCACUAAAUGAGAUUAUCAUCUUGUGACAGUUUUUUUUCUGAGCUAGCUUUAAGACAUCUCUUGCCAAAGAGGUUACUUUAAUACAUUGUUCAGUGCUCUCAUAUUUCCAGCAGCAUAUUUAUUAAGUAAAUGUUAUUCUAGUUUCAUUAUUCUAACAACUGAAUGAUGCUGGUAAGGUAGCCAAUCAAACAAUGCAGAGAAAGGGUUCUCUGUUUUGCUGUUGCACUAAGGCAGGACUUCGCAAAAUGACCCGUUUCUUUCCUUCUAUAUGCAGGUAGGGUGAAAUGUGAAAUUUUCAACUUUGCCUUUUUAACAGAACCUACCUCUACCUGGUGAUUUGAUAAAAAUCUAGAUAUAUACUCAUAAUCUCUUAGUCUCUCCUCACCUCAUCAAUUCCUCAUGGUUCUCUAGACUCCUUAGAUAUUGAGGGAUAGCACAUGACAUGAUCAUUCUCAAACUGUAUUACUGAUUGGGAUGGUGGGAAUGGUUGUGGUAGAAAGACAGCAUGUCAACAGUUACAGUUACACGAACAAGGACACCUAGCAUCUCAGGGAGUGGUACUAUAGCACAGUAUUCAUGUUUUCAUGUGUAAGAACAGAACUAAAAAAUUCAGCCAGAAGUGGGUGAAAUAUUGUCCAUGAGGCACAUGGCUCGUCCUCCACGUUGUCACUACUGCUCCCUUCUGUUCUUGGAGGUUGGUUGACUUCCUUCUUGCUGAUCAUGUGAGCACCCUGUUUAAUGAAGGAUGUCCCAUUCUUGGCCCUGGAUUUAGCAUGUACGGGCUGGAUCUGGGGCUACCCCAUGCCCGAUAUCCACUUGGCUAGCUUGCUCAGUGUAGAUAUGGCUUGGGUCUACUGUGGUUGAGAUGAGUAAUUGGAUUAUAUAGCCUUGUUCUAGAUUAGAGAGCAAAAGACACCAGGACAGAUUUCCAUUUCAGAAGCCUCUGUAAUCACUUUAUUGAAGAUCAACUGAAGUAGAUAAUGCCAGACAUUGUAGUCUCUUGUAUUCAUGUCAAGUGAAAAACAUUGUGCCACUUGAGGUAAGAAGUAGCGCUGUUUAUUUUUCUUCGUGUAUGUUGUGCUCCAGUCAUUGUUCACUUCUAAUCCAAGUAUUGCUAGCCAAUGGUGGUGUAUCUAGAACUCUCAACUUCCUGCUUGUAAUUGGUCACAUUUUUAGUAAACUGUGCCGUAAUUUUGAUGUUGAGUAGUAGGAUGACAUGACCAAGGCUACUAUCAUAACUGAAGAGUGCCUUUUUACCAGAGGGAGUGUAUCUACAUUAAGGGUUUUGCCUCGCUGGGACCAAAAUUUUGGCGGCAAAGAUGGCAUCUAAGAAUCCUCUUUGUCACCAUUUCAUUGUAAAAACGCAAGUUAUUUUUGAAAGUUGCUUUUUAGAAGCUAUUCAUUAUGUAAAUUAUUUCAAGGACCCUUCCCCAAUAAUUUAGUGAUAUUACAAGCUUAUGAUAUUGCUUGUUGUCCUACUUAAUACUUUUUUAUUACUUGCUUGGGAAAAAAUAACCCCUUCAAGGAAGCAGUUGCAAAAGAAAACUAGCCAAAUUGCCUCGGAAACGUCUAAAAUAUUCAUUUGCAGGGAUUAGCAAAAGAAUUUUAAGGCUUUGCUUCACCACAACCUUCCUCUUUCAACUAUCCUCCUCUCAGUUAUUUUCUCCCCAUCAGGAUUCCUAAAAACCCUUUGCUCUCUUAAGUGGAGAAAUGAGAAAUCAGCUGCAGGGGAGUGGAUUCCAGGUGAAAAGUGAAAGGCAGAGAAUAAUUUAAUAGUCCUCCUGCCAUUGUUUCUCCACUAUCUCCCUCCUCUGCUUUUUUUAACUGUGAAAAAUUACCAUUUGGGCUCACAGACCCCCAUGCAUGUGCCAGUAAAAAUGUCUUCUGGUGUUAGAUAUUUUCUUGAACCUAUAAAAUGCUCUGCUUGUGACAGAGCUGGAUUUUUAAAGUAAAAUGUUUGGUGGUACACUAGAGGUUGAGACCUCUAGUUUCCUUCCAUUGUAUGAUGAAUAUCUCCUUCUGCCUGGUUUUGAUUUCAGGGUACCAUGAGCUGACAGAGAGCAUAAAUAAAGUACCCAGAUCCCUAAUUUCCUCCUUUCCUUUCUUAAAAGUGUGUUGAAAAAAAAUCUUUCAUUUCCCAUAGUAUUUACCAAUUUUAAAGUUGUUUUUGAAGACCCCUUCAAAAACAACUUGGUAAAUACUUUGGCAGGCUUUCUCACCAGGCUUGGCUUCUCAGUAGGCAGAGAAUAUAAGUAUAUGUUGACCUUAAGAGAUAGACAGAUUAAACAGAGUAUAUUGGAACAUUGACCCUCUGAGUCAAGGCACAGAGAUCUCUUGAUUUGUAAUUCCCUGCUGUAAUGGGCAUGAUCUUGAAUGGGGGACCUGGAACCUGUUGGCUUUGCAAAAGGCUUGUUCUUGGCAUAUAUCCUGAAAGACAUUGGGCACACCAGAAUGAAGUCGUAUUCAAAAGAUCCUAGAUUCAUAAAAGUUUUUUUAAUGGUUUUGCUACAAUUGUUGCAGGCUUUCAUGGUAUCUCUAGUCCUGAUCUGCUGUUCAUUCACUGUAAUUGUUUGUAUAUCCCCUGAUAAUGACUGAAGGAAAACUAUACAAGUAUGAUAUUGUAAUACAAAGGGACAGAGUUGUUACUAGAUGGGGGAUAUUUUAUAUCAAGAUAUAUUCUUGAGUUGUUUCAGGCUGUAUUCUGUGUUCAGAUUGAGAAGUUGGAAUAUCAAGAUUUUAAAGAUUCUAAACUAGGAAGAAUUGCCAAGAAAGUGAAUUAUUCUUGGUAUUACUAUGCCAAAGCCACAUCCAAUGCAUUCCCGUCAGAGCCAGUCUUUGACAAGAUACUUUCUGAGAAUUCAGCUGAAGAGUUAGAAUCAGAACUCAGAAAUGUUACUUUUUCUGACUCAGAUUCCCAGAGUUUCCUGGCCAAGAUGGAUUCUGAAAACUGGUCUGCAAAAGCUUUAGGUGGAAUGUAAAGCCUAAUUUCAGGGUACACGGAAGCAGGAGAAAGGAGCCUGCCAUUACCUCCUUCAAUAUGCCAUAUUUUCUUCUAUAGAGCACAUUGAAGACAAUGACAUUUUUGAUACAGAUACAAAUCUGUACUAAACUGCAAAUAUGGACAUGACCGAGCAGCUCUGUUAGCUGAGUAGCUCCAACAGAACUUGGAAUCUGUUUGUUUUUAAUUGACAUAAUUGCCUUUUCAUUGAUCACCUACCUGGGUUUUUUUUUCCUUGUUACCGUUCCUGUUGUCCAGAAAGUUAGACUGAAGUUAUUGAUGUGCUGCUGCUACUAUUGUACCAUUGAGAAAUAUUGAAAGAUACUUUCUGUUUCACCCAAUUCAUAUGAUGAAAUCUGGAAAUUCUGAGACAAAUUAAGAUUUUUAAAAACAAAACCGUGCACAUUCUUCCCACUCAGAUGCCUUGAAUUACAACUCACACAAACCUAUUGGAGAUGAGAUUUCCAUUUUUCAAAAAUAAUCAGUAGUUGUUGCAUUUUCAGGGUUCCUGUGAUUUUGAGCAUCCUGCUGUUUUUAGCACCCACCUUUCUCUUCCCAGUCCCCCGUACAUAGUCAGUGACUUUUACUUGGGCAGAAUGGAUAUAGAUUAAUGUUUAAGUUUUCUUUUAAAAAUUCCAACCCACUCAAGUCUUUAGCGCAACUUACAUUUUCAAAGUGUCUUCUCUACAUCCCACCCCGUCCCCCUCCAUAACUUCCAUCUCUGUUGCCAGUACAUCUCUGCUCCUCAAUAUUUGUACAAUGCCAUCUAUGUGGCCUUUCCUCCUCCCUUUCUCAUUGCUCAAACUGAAUCCAAACACACCUAUUAAUGGGAGAUUGAAACUCUUACAUUCCACUAAAGCUUAGCACAGGUUAUUGUUACUCUGUAUCUCACUACUAUAUCAAUGUAAUUAAUUGAACAUCAAUUACUUCCUAUUUCCGGUUCCUAGGGUGCAUUUCCUUGAGUGCUACAUCUAAAUUUAAAGAUCCAUGAUAAAGUGGUGUUAAUAUUAAAGUUACAUCUAAACUGACCAUUUAGAGCAGUGGUUCUCAACCUGUGGGUUCCCAUGUGUUUUGGUGUACAACACCCAGAAAUCCCAGCUAAUGUACCAGCUGUUAGGAUUUCUGGGAGUUGAAGGCCAAAACAUCCGGUGACCCACAGGUUGAGAACCACUGAUUUAGAGCAAAGGUUGACCAUAUGAACUCUAUGGUAAGUGGACUACUCUUGGAGUUAAUCUCCAUAAUGCAGCAUUGACCCACAUUAACCAAAGUCCUGGGCUGCUCUGAAUUCUCCUAGAAUUCAGAUCAACCCAUAACUUUGGACCUAUGUAAACAGUUGGGUCAGUUUCAAGAUGGAACUGACUGCAACAGUUUAUACAGCCUCCCAUGUUCACCAGCCUGGAGCAGACUGGGCACACUGUAUGUCACUGACUUUACUCAGGUGUGGCAUGGGCCCUGCCAGUCGCUUGAUACUUGGAGUGAUAUCGGCCCCCCUAGUUGCUCUGGCACCCUAGCUGAUGUCACUCCAGGCAAUGACCACAUGCAGGACACAUGUCUCACCCAAAGACCUCCACAGUGAGAAGAAUGGGAGGUGACAGUAAAGGAGGCUGUCUGGCAGCAUAGAACCGGGUUCAGUACCACUGGGUGGUCAGGACUUCCUCCCAUCUCUGCAGCAGCUGAGAGUUUGCUAUUUAAACCAUCCUGGGGCUGAUCCACCAUAUGCCACUUGGGAUGAGGUGUCAGUGUAGCUCUGGCCUAAGCACCCAUGGAGGCGUUGCAGGUUGUGUAGACUCCUUUGAAGAGAAGUGCUCCAGGGACUGUGGCUGUAAAAAGAAAUUUCUGUUAUAUAUAUAUAUACAAUAGUAGGCCCUCCACAUUUUGCAGGGGAUAGGUGUGUGGGGCUGGGAAGGGGGGGGGGGUUGGUUAUAGAAUCACACUGGAGGGCCUAGAAAAUGUCUCAAGACAUUUAUUUUUUUAGUCACGUGUAGGGUAGCAGCAGAGCUGGAAUCAUUAAUAAUCAAGUCUGCGAAUGCUUCACCUGCAAAUGUGGAGAGACGACUAUUCUAGAAACUUACCUUGUUCAAUAUAUGAAGCCAUAAUUUAAACAGUUAAUAUGAAGGUUGUAAACAGCUAUUUAUCUCUUUUCUCUGGUGUAGUUUGUACCUAGGCUACUGUCUGCAUCCGCCAGACCUAAGCUGGCACCCAAGGGUACCCUCCAAAUAAGAAUUCUGUCCCCAUUACAUUUUCCUUCGCUCCCCAAUGCAGUGACAUAAGACUUCUAAUGUUGCAGCAACUUAAAACUUUAAUUAAGCAUUAUAAAAUACAGUUAGGCAUCCAAAGUUGCAAAGAAUGCAAACACAGUAUAAAUUAACAUUGUUGUUGUGAAAUUUUUUCAGUGCUGCACUCUCUGCAGUGCGAAAAAAUUUGCGGAACUGAACAAAAAAUUCAUUUUGGGAAUAGAAUUCUAAUUUAGGGGGACAAUGGACUCAUUUCAUUCCCUCCUGUAAUUGCAUUCCUGUAUGAACUUGAGAUGUUUUAUAUUUUUCUGUUCUGCUUCCUUACCAAACACCCAAUCUGCUUUUCAGCACAAGCACUUUCCAGGUAUACAUCUAGGCAAGCUACUGAACAAAGUCCAGAAGAGCUGUAUGCAUGUAUGUGAUACUUACCUCUUCGCUCUGUGGCCACUGAGUUUAACUGGAGUGCACUCUUGUAUCUUUGCAAUGUAAUAGAGGAGUAUUUUGUACCCUGAAUCUAUUCUUAUGUAAAAAUGGAGACAACUUGUAAGAGGAUGGGGGGUUCUUUUGCUUGUUUUUCGAGACUGUGGUUGCUAAAGGCUCUGGUUUUUAAAUGUUCUUUUUUUUCUUAAAUGUAAAAGCGGUUAACAGAUCACACUCAAACCAGCAGAGUAUUUUGAUAUUGCGUGACAAUCCUAUUGAAAAAAAUAAAUAAAAACUCUACCUUC